CAUUAUCUAGAAAUAUUCCGACCGAUGGUUGCAUAAAGCGCUCUUUUCAACCACUCCUAUAGUUUAUACACUUUGUAGUUUCUGUUUGUUUGUUUUUUUUUUGGAUACCGGCGGUGGACCAGAGUAUUGUUGUUUAUAUUUUUCUCAAUUCAUUUCCUCUGGGGUGGUUCGCUCUAUGAGUGGUUAACAUGAAUAAAGUGAUCGGUUUUUUCGGGGGCAAGAAGAAGGAGCCGCGCGAGGAACAGUACAACCCCUGCAUAGGUAGUCCGACGAACGUCCAGCACGAUAUUCACGUACAUAAAACCGACGAUGGGAAACUGGAAGGACUUCCCACCGCUUGGCAGAAGCAGAUCCAGAGUCAGUUCACCGAGGAUGAGUUGUCGCACAAUUACCAAGCGGCGGUGAACGCAGUGAAAUACUUGAAUUAUACGGCUACCCACAAGCAUGGCGACUUCAAAUUCUUCAUCACCGAGAAGAACAUCGAGGAGGAAACGAAUGCCAUCGAUAGGUUUAUGGAGAAGGGCGGUCACAGCAGCCGCGAUGAUAGUUACGAGAAGUUGGAGAAGGAAUUGCCUCCGGCCUUGCCGCCGAGGGCGGACAAAACGCAGACUUUGGUGACGCCGCAGCCGGUUAAACCCAAGGAAGCGGUGGUGAAGGAUAUCGCCAAGAGUUUGGAUAACCUGAGCGUGGACGCGGAGCAACCGGUGCUUCGCAGAAAAACCAAAGAGAUUCAGUUCAUCAGCGAUCACGAUUACCUGCAGAAGAUCAAGAAACUGUGCAAUCCCAGUGAUCCGGAGACGAAGUACGUGAAGGACAUGAAGGAUUUGGGCACGGGCGCUUCGGGCAUCGUGUUCGUAGCCACGAACAAGCAGACCCACCAGAAGGUGGCAAUAAAGGACAUAGACAUGACGAGGCAGAACCGCAAGGAACUGCUGUACGGCGAGAUAAAGAUCCUGAAGGAUCUGUCUCACAAGAAUCUGGUGAACUUCAUCGAGGCCUUCGUUCUGGAGAUGAAUCUGUGGGUGGUGAUGGAGCUGCUGGAAGGUGGACCGCUGACCGACGUGGUCACAGAGACUAUCAUGAAGGACGCGCAGAUCGCUGCAGUUACCUACGAGGUGUUGCAAGGUGUGAACUACCUGCACUCGCAUGGCGUCAUCCACAGAGACAUCAAGUCCGAUAACAUACUGUUGGGUAUGGAUGGAACUGUUAAGGUCACGGAUUUCGGGUUCUGCGCGAACGUGACCGGAGACGAACAAAGGGAAACGAUGGUCGGGACUCCCUUCUGGAUGGCGCCCGAGGUCGUGUCCAGGAAGAUGUACGGCAAGAAAGUGGACAUCUGGUCAUUAGGUAUAAUGGUGAUCGAAAUGAUCGACGGGGAGCCGCCCUAUCUGAAGGAGCCACCGCUGAGAGCGCUGUACUUGAUCGCAGCUAACGGCAGACCGACGAUAGAGAAAUGGGAUAAACUUGAUUCAAGGCUGAGGGACUUCCUGGACUGCUGUCUUCAAGUGGACGUCAACGAGAGAGCUACUGCCAGUGAAUUGCUCAGACAUCGGUUCCUCGAUGACCGAAUGGACCUGUCAACGCUGACGCCGCUCAUCAAAGCUGCCAAGAAGCAGCUCAGGAAAGAUUGGUAACGAGAUCGUAUACUUCACAGGAUCAUUUCUGUUGUAUAUCUCACAUAUUUCACGAACGUGAACGUAUACAUAUAUUUACAUAUUUUAAAGAACCUAUUACAAUUGCAUUUGACAACUUCGGAGGUUUUACUUGAGAUUCCAUUUAAAAUUUGUUUUUCUAUAUUUGUUAAAUAACCAAAUGAUCUCUCUUGGUUACAUUCUGACGCAAUCCCAGUAUUUUCUUUCUAUAUAUUUUUUUUUGUCUUAAAUUAUACUAUAACCAAAAAAUAUACAAACGAAUGGUGCCUUACAUACAUAUAAGAACAAACAUUUUUUAAAGGUUGUUAAAAUAUUUUUAUAAAAUUAUAUUGACUUAAUUAUUAUUCCUCGCUUAUUAUUUUUCUCUGUCUUCCCAAACAUUGACGCUGUCAAAUAGAUGAUUUUUAUACCUUACAAAUAACAAAUAUUAUCUUAAUGUGCACCAAAUAACAUGUGCAAUACUUUCAACAUAUUUCGCGUGUCUCAAUUCAAUUUAAAUUGUGAAGUUGUAUUCCCAUUAUCAAUAAAAAUAAUAUAAUUUCUUACUAUAAA